UAUCCAUUCUGUAGCCCAUGGACCAAGACUUAAUUUCAACUUUCAAAUCUUCUUAUUUAACAGAUAUAUUUCAUAAGGCUAUAGUUGCCAUAGAUAGUGGUUCCUCUGGUGGAUCUGGGCAAAGUAAACUGAACACCUUCUGAAACAGUCACCAUUCUAGAUGCCACUAAGAAUACUCAUGAUUCAUGAGAAGAGCUCAAAAUAUCAACAUGAACAAGGAGUUUGGAAGAAGCUAAUUCCCAUCCUCAUGGAUGAGCUGGAGGGGUUCAGGACUUCAGUGAAGGCAGUAACUGCAGAUGCAGUGGAAACAGUGAGAGAACUAGAAGUAGAAGGCAAGCCUGAAGAUAGGACUGAAUGGCUGCAAUCUCACAAUCAAACUUCCACGGAAGAGGAGUUGCUUCUUAUGGAUGAGCAAAAAAAGUUUCUUGAGCUGGAAACUGCUCCUGGUGAAGAUGCUGUGAAGACUGUUGAAAUGACAAUAAAGGAUUGAGAAUAUCAUCACAUAAACUUAGUUGAUAAAGCAGCAGUAGAGUUUGAAAGACUUGGCUCCAAUUUUGAAAGAUGUUCUGCUGUGGGUAA